AAGUGCCAAACCCCUGCCGGAGCUUUGCGGCAGCCCAAAAAUCUCCUCUGCUUGUCCGCUUCCCCUUUGUGUAUAUAAAAAAACCGCCGCGCGUGGGCGUGGCGGGUGCCGCGCUUUAACCGCCCCACUCCCUCCCUCCCGCCAUAAAUGGCCACCACUCCCGCUCCCUCCCCCACCCCGCCGGCGCCGGACGCGCAAGAGCUCCCCGCCGCCGGCGACCAGCCCCACCACCACCACCACCCGCUCCUCGCCGCGGCGGCCGCCGCUUCCCUCCUCGCCGUGCUCUACCUCCCCCGGCCGGUGCUGCUGCUCGUGCUCUCCCCGGCCUCGCUCUCCUCCCUGCUCCUGCUCCUCUCCCUCCUCCGCCUCGGCUCCGCGCCGCCGCCUCCCGCUCUCGCCGUCCCUCCUCCUUCCCCGACGCCGACUGAGGACAAGCAGCAGGCUCCCGAGGUCGAGUGCUCGCCUCCUCCCCCUCCUCCUCCCUCUCCUCCUCCGCCGCCGCCGGAGCUGGAGCCGGAGCCAGAGCGCGGGAGCGUGUUUCCGGAGGUUCCGGAGUUCGCGUCGUGGGCGGCCAAAGGGCGCGCGCUGGAGGUGAUCCACGAGGAGUUCGAGGCCGAGUGGGGGCUGCCGGAGGAGAUGGGCCUGCCGUGGGACUCCGACUCCGACCUCGACUCCGACUCGGACAGCGGCAGCGGCAGCGAUGACGGCUACGGCGGCCGAGGCGGCGACGGCGAGGACGGCAUGAUCGAGAUCGAGCUGGAGGAGGACAGCCUCAUCGAGAUCGACAUCUCCCGGUGCCGGUGAGGCGGUGACGAAUUGGACUGCGUAUCGCCUUCAUUUUUCCCCACCUUUCCUCGCGGAUUAAGAUCCUUGAUGAUACUUGGACCUGGGAUUCUCGACAAAAAAAAAAAUCGCUGCUUACUGAUUAGGCGUGUGGGUAAUUGGAGUUCUUCAGUUGCUUUAUCUAGACGGUUUUGCUGCAAUGUACAUAUAGGACUACGAAUUUACGAUGAUGAGAGAUACGGAGCGACAAGCUUUGCUUGCUUUUUUUCCCCUUUACUGAAACAGCACGAUUUGGUACUGGUACGUCCAUGAUUGAUAACUUAAAAUCUUACUGCCA